GUCGGGGGGUGCGGGGGGGUGACCGGCCGCGCUCCCACUGCUCCGGGCACCGCUGUCCCCGCAGCCUCGCACGGGAGCGCAACCUGACACAGAGGUUUGCAACGCCCUGGCCAGGCUGAAGGAGGGCGAAGUGGAAGAAGAAGAGAGAGAGGAGGAGAAAACUUUCCACUAGUUUACUUUUUUGGCCAGGAGCGUCUGUGUUCAUAGACGGCGAGUCCUUCCCCCAGCCCUCCUCCUUUGCCCCCCACCCCCUCGCUAGCGUACAAUUAGCAUCAUUAGGGAUCGACCCUCCAGCUAAUAGGGGAAAGGCGACGAACCACGGUUUUAAGCCCCGGAGGAUACAAUGUUCACUAAACUCUUCCAGCAGUGGAGUUUCGCGGUGUUCCUGCUGAGUUAUUCUAUGCCCUCUUACGGCAGAUCAGUAGAGGGGAUCAGUCGCAGACUCAAACGGGCUGUAUCAGAGCACCAGCUAUUGCAUGACAAGGGCAAGUCAAUCCAAGAUUUACGAAGAAGAAUAUUCCUUCAAAAUUUAAUUGAAGGUGUCAACACUGCAGAAAUCCGCGCCACGUCGGAGGUGUCCCCUAACCCUAAGCCUGCUACCAACACGAAGAACUACCCUGUCCGAUUUGGCAGUGAAGAUGAGGGCAGAUACCUAACUCAGGAGACAAACAAAUCACAGACCUACAAGGAGCAGCCCCUGAAGGCAUCAGGGAAGAAAAAGAAAGCAAAGCCUGGAAAACGUAAAGAGCAAGAGAAGAAAAAGAGGAGAACCCGCUCAACUUGGCUAAAUUCUGACAUCUAUGGAGACAUCGUGACUGAGAGCCCACUCUUGGACAACUCUGUUACUACACAUAAUCACACUUUAAGGAGGCGCUGACAUUUUCAGCAAGAGAUUUUCAGAAGACAUAUUGCAGUAUUCUGUAAUAGUGAACAUAUGGGAAGUAUUAAAAUAUUUAUUACCUGUAAAUAUUGUAAAUGCUCAGAAUAAAACCUUUUUCCCCCAUUGCUCUCUGAAACUGCACAUUUGGUUAUUGUGAAUUUUCUUUUUUUUUUUUUUUUUUUUUGGCUAAGGCUAAGACAAUUAUUAUUGUCACAUCUACCAUAAUUUAUUUUGUUGACUGGUGUAUUUAUUUUGUGAACAUAUCUUGGUGCUGCUGACUUUCUAUAUUUUUUGUAACAUAAUGCACUUUAGAUAUACAUAUUGAGUACAUUGAUAACUGACAUAAAAUAUUCCUGUUUUGUGGUUGAUUUCAAUGAAUGCCUACAUACCAUUGUUCAAACUGAUUUUCCUUUGUGCAUGUAUAAUAGCAGUAUUUUAAAAUUUGUAAAGAAUGUCUAAUAAAAUAUAAUCUAAUUAAA